AUGACAGACGCGGGGCCAGGCGGCGAGCUGGAAGAGGAGGAAGCUUGGGGAGACAUCCAUGUCGACACCAAAAAGUUCGCAGCCGUCGACCGUGCCGUUGGCGCAAUUGUAAAAAGCCGCGCCGCCCGCAAGGCAAAGGAGGCGGAGCUGAGGGCGCGCGUCGCGCAGCAGCAGCAAGAGCUUAGCGAGGCGGCGGCGGAGCGCCUCGCCGCCGCUGGCGAGCGCGCCGCGGAGGCGGAGGCCGAGGCCGCGGCCCGGCGCGAGGGGCAUGCUGCCGACAUUGAGGGCAUGGAGGCGGAGGUGAAGGGCGAACUGGCGGGCGGCGUCGGCGCCGGUAGGACGGCAGCGCCAGAGCCAGCGACGCUCGAGGCGGUCAUACAGCCCGCGCCGGACUUCCUGGACGCGCUUUUCGCGAUGGGCUGCAGCAAGCCGGCCCCACAGGCCGCAGCUGGUCGCGGCGGCGGCAGCCGUGGCGGGGGCGGCGCUGGGGCAGCGGCAGCGGCGGCGGCCCAGCAGCAGCAGCAACAGCAGCAGGAGCAUCAGCAGGGCGCCGCAGGCGGUGCAGGUGUUGCGGCAGGGUACCGUGACGCCAACCUCCACCUGCUGCUGCAACUGCUGGCUUCGCUGUGCCAGCUGUCGUCCGCCGGGCGGCUGCCCGCCCUGCAGCUGCCCGAGGGCCACGGCCGCCAGCUGGCGGCCGCGCUGCUGCACCUCCACGCCGACCCGCGCGCGCGCGCCGCCGCGCUGCCGCAGCUGCACGACGCGCUCGCUGCGCUGCUGGACGCGUUUGGCGAGACCGAGUGGGGCCGAGUGCUGCCCGACCUCGCGGCCCGCCUGGCGGCGCCGCUGGGGCCGUCCCACCGGGCAGCGCUGGGCGUGCUUCUCGAGCUGCCAGCCACCGGGGCGAGCGGGCGGGCGUGCGCACUGCAGCGGGCGGGGGGGAUGCAGCUGCUGCACCGGCUGGUCAGGCGGGAGCCGCCGCCGGCGCCCUCGGGCCGCGCCCGCGCCGGCGCCGCGGCCGGCCCGAGCGCGCUCGACGCGGUCACCGCCCUGGGGUCGGACGACCAGGCGGUGGCGAAGCUCGUGCAGCGGCUGACGCCCAGCGGCGACGCAAGCAAGCGCGGCGGUGGCGGUGGCGGCGGCAAGGGGGCGGCGUCGGCGUCGACGGACUACUGGGCGCUGCAGUCUGCUGUGGAGGCGGUGGACAUGGUGCUGUGGAGCUUCGUGGACCGGCCGGGCGGCGAGGGUCCAGGCCUGGACGAGCGCAUCAGCGCGCUGUUCAUCGCACACCUGCAGACCCUGACGCGGCUGCUGCGGUCCCAGGUGUCGGCCCAUCACUUGCGUAUGCGCAUCUCUGAGCUUCAGAAUGUGUACGAGCCCGAGUUCUUCAACCAGGGCACCAAGGGCCAGGCACUGCGUGGCUACACUUUUGUUUCAGAUGUCACACCAUACCUUGGUGUCUCCAAGGACAUCUGUGCUAUUAAGAAGGUCAUUAAUUCAAGGGAUCCCGACUACGGCGGCGCUCAGAACAUCUACUCCACGGGGUCAACGGGCAGCCUGGCGCUGAAGACUCUCGAGGACCCAGCCUGGCUCGACACUGUGACGCAGGGCGCGCUGGACGGCGUCAAGCCCUUCACCAGCAACGUGCUGCGAGUACAGCUUAUCGCCAAGACGCUAGAGAACAGCCUGCAGGCGCGCAUCGCCACGGCGAAGAAGUUGGACGCCGCCACUGGUGCCCCGAGCAGCGUCGACAGGGCCUGGGCCGUCUUCGUUGGCGGCGAGCCCGCCUGCGGCCUUUGGGCCGGGUCCCUCAAGCGAGCCGCCCUGUUUGGCACCAAGACUGACUGCGACACGAGCAACGUGGCGGCGAACGUCCGCGCCGCCAUGAUCUCGGCGCAGAAGGCUGCGGCCAAGGGGGACUUGGCCGCCCUGACCGCGGCGCGCAACGCUGUCCAGGGGCAGCUGGCGGCGGUCUACGUCCAGGCCACCAUCGCGUUUGCCCACGAGAUGUACCUGGACAGGGCGGCCCAGGCCGACAACCUGGAGCUGCCCCCCACCCUGCCGAUAGAGGACCAGGCCCAGGCCUAUGCAUUUUUCCGCGUGAUCGCCCCCCUGGUCUUCCAGGCCAACGCCACAGCAGGCCAGGCCAUCAACUUCUUGCUCUACCCAGGCCAGCCUGCAGCCGACGACGUCGACCUCAGGGUGGGCCGCGCCCUGGCCUCAGUCUACAAGGGGCUGGGCGUAACACCCACAGACGUAGGGCAGUACGGCAAGCAGCAGCCUGACCUCGGAUGCGCCGCCCCUGCCGGCGCAGCCACCCCCGCUGCACCAGCGACGGGUGGCGCCCGGCGGCUCGCGGCGGCCGCGCGGGCCGUUGCCACCGGGCCGCGGAUGUUGGGGCGGCGGCUGAGGGCCGUGGCCUCGGUCCAGCAUGGCAAGGCGGCGCGCCGCUGA